AUGGAGCUUUACGAGACCCGGUCUCUCUUAGGACGCACCGAGAGUGUUCUCUAUGUGUGCUUUCAGUUCUGUCAUGGCCAUAACACACGUUGGUUCACUCUCUGCCGCAAACCUGAUCAAACCCUAAGCAAGAAGAGGAAGAAGAACAAGUCAAGUGGGUAUGUUUUGGCUGCAGUCCCAGUUCCAAACUCUCCUCUUGCCCACUCGACGACCUUCGUGGUCGUUGGUUCUAAUAUCUACAACAUUGGUGGAUCCAUCUGGAAUGAGCCCUUGUCUAAAGUAUCGAUCUUGGACUGCCGGUCUCAUAGGUGGCUCGAGGGUCCAAGUAUGCGGGUGGAACGGUAUUGGUCAGCAGCUAAUGUUCUUGAUGACAAGAUAUAUGUAGCAGGAGGCUGUGAUGACAACGGUCCCUCCAAGUGGAUGGAGGUUUUCGAUCCAAAAACCCAAACUUGGGAGACUAUGUUGAACCCUCUCAGGGAGAGAUGUGAUAAUCUUGUAUCAAAGAGUGCGGUGAUUGACGAUGAGAUAUGUAUGUAUGGCUAUCGGUGUGUGGCUUACAAGCCAAAGGAAGAUAGAUGGAAAGCUUUAGAUAUUGGUAAUUUGGAUAGAGGAUGGGCAGAGAGUCCAUAUUACGUGAUAGAUAACAUACUAUAUUGUUAUUCUGCUAUCUAUGGAAUGAGAUGGUACGACUAUAAAGUGAGAAAUUGGCAACUUUUGACCUUGAAGGGUUUCAAAGGGGGUUUUAGAGGACUGUCUAGGUUUACUGGUUAUGUUCAUUUGGGGAGCUAUGGUGGAAAGAUGGCAGUUUUUUGGUACAGUUAUAUGCUUUCCAGUGAAGAAAAGAAUAUUUGGUGUGCUGUGAUUGCACUUGAAAGACGAAACAAUGGACAGGUUUUGGGAAAGGUUGAGACAGCCGUUGAGUGGUAUGAUGUUGUGCUUACAGUCCCAAUCUCUUAUAUGAAGUCGUGUCAGCUCUUUCUGCUACUGUUUGAUGCAAGACGUAAUUGA